UAGUGCCUAAAAUAAACAUUUAUCAGUGCAAUAAAAUGCAAAAUUUUUGACUGCACUGGCAUUUCUGACCACAAAAGCUAACCGGAAGUAGCCAAAAGUGGUGCUUUCUGUGCAGAACAGUGGGAGGUGAGUGUUUACUGGACAGUUCAAAGGGCUGUGCAGUCUCGGUGUGGUGGUCUCACACUGUCUUCGACCUGCAGAUGAGACCUCCUUUCGGCUCCUUCUUCCGGAGUUUCCUCWGUCGGAGUCAAACAGCAGCAGCUCACAGGCGAGGCUUGAGUGGACCGGCUAUGCGUUUGGUGCAGUUUCGCGGCAGCGGCGAUGGAGACGGCAUCAGGGUGGGAGUGGAGCAAGGCGAGGGGCUCGGCGUGGUGGAUCUGAAGGCGUUCGAUUCCUCCAUGCCUUCGACAGUCAGAGAGCUGCUGGAGCUGGGAGACCGAGGUUUGGAGUGUGCGCAGAGAGCCUUGGUGUCAGGUCAGUGUCURGUGGACAGAUCAACCAUCCAGCUACUGUCUCCUAUUUUGGCCCCAGAGAAGGUUGUGUGUGUGGGUAUGAACUACAAGGACCACUGCCUGGAGCAAAAYGCCCCCAUCCCAAAAGAACCCAUCAUCUUCAGCAAGUUUCCCAGCGCCAUCACGGGCCCGUAUGACAACAUUACUCUGCCUCCAGAGAGCCAGGAGGUAGACUGGGAGGUUGAGCUGGCCUUUGUGAUUGGCCGCAGAGGAAGACACAUCAAGGAGGAAGACGCUCUCUCGUACGUGGCGGGGUUCACUGUGGCCAAUGAUGUCAGCGCUCGCGACUGGCAGAUGAAGCGCAACGGGAAUCAGUGGCUGCUGUCGAAGACGUUCGACAGCUUCUGCCCUCUCGGACCGGCUUUAGUAACAGCCGAUGCUGUGAAAGACCCUCACAACCUGGGCAUCCGCUGCCUGGUUAACGGAGACCCGGUCCAGAACAGCAACACCGAUCAGAUGAUCUUCAAAACUGCAGAGCUGAUCGCGUGGGUCUCAAAGUUUGUGACUUUAACUCCAGGAGACGUUUUCCUGACAGGGACCCCUCCAGGUGUGGGCGUUUUCAGAAACCCACCUGUCUUUCUGAAGAAAGGAGACGUGGUGGAGUGCCAGAUCGACCAGAUUGGCUCCAUCAUCAACAGAGUGGUUUAAAUCCUGAAAUGACGACAUCGGCUCUUCAUUAAACCACAUUUUUGUUCUCCAAGUGAUCAAAACCAGCAGAAAUAACGCCAGAACCUACAUGUCGGGUGUUGAUUGUUUUAUUUACAGAACUACAAUACUAAUGAGGUGGAAAAAAAUGUAUUUUUACUACAUUAAAACUUUGUAAUUAGUGACUCAACCUCCUGACUCACAGAGAGCGCGUCCAUCAGCCGCCGCCCACUCACRAAACCCAACACAAGCCGCGAACUUCUCAACUUAUUUUAACACACGAUAAUAAAAAGUAAUUACCGUCACUUCGAACAGCCAGGAUAUUAAGUUUAAUGGUAUCUUUUUACUAGGAGGACUAACACCACAUUUUUCUCAUUAGAAGACAGAAGAUUGUUUGUAAUAAGAGAAUAUUAUAAUAAAAAUGAUACUGCCAGAGGGAAAUUUGAUGACUUUGAAUUAUGAUUUUCACCCCCCCCCCUCCCCCCCCACACACACACAUCACAAAAGCCUCUUUAGGAAAAUUUGAGUAAGAAAUAUCUGUGUAGUGUUUCAGAAACGUGACUAUUAAAUUACUUGGAAUUCAUGAAGAAUCAGAAUUUAGUAUUUUAGUCAGUGAAAGAUAUAGAUUGUUUGUGACAUGAGGGGAAUUUCAUUUUAUUAUAUCACUAAUGUGAAGCAACAACUGUUGAAAAUGUAAUAAAAAUGAUUUGAUCCUCAAGUCAGAUGUUUCUUCAACAAGAUGUUUCUUACAUAUUUUAAUGUAUGAAUUUGAUUAGAAUGUAUAAAAUUCUGUACUACUACAGGGAAAUUUGUGGUUUUAAUUGAAAAUUUCACUGUCCAAAAAAUAUAAUAAAUUUUACCCUUUUU